AUGACUGACGAUCCGACAACAAACCAGAAAAGUUCAACAGAAUCAUCAGAAAUGAACGAUUCUGCAAAUACAAACAGAUCGAAACAACCUUUUCGUUUAUCAACAAAAUAUAUUUCAUCAAUUAAUUUAAUGCGUUUUGCUGAAGUUUCCCCAUUAGAUAAUAACAAUAAACCGCUCCCACGUUCAGGUCAUCGUGCUGUUGCUACCGAGUCAGAUUUCUGGAUAUGGGGCGGUUACUUUCCAUCUUUUAACCAUCAACAGCAACCAAUGUUUAACGAACUUUGGAGAUUCAAUUAUGCUCGUCGAGAAUGGACGCUCGAAACUGUAGAAGGCGAUGGACCCAAUUUAACACUUGCUUCACAUUCGAUGUGCUUAUAUAGAAAUUUAGCUUUUGUAUUUGGUGGUACGGGGUUUCCAUUUGGUGAAACUGUUUCCAAUCGAUUAUAUAUACUGGAUUUAAAACGACUUCAAUGGAAACAUUGUCCUAUAGCCAAUCAAGAACCCGAACAAGUUUAUGGAGCUAGUAUGCUUGUACACAAUGAUCAUUUAUAUAUAUUAUGUGGCACAAAUCGAUGGAGUUAUAAUACAAAUGUAUAUGAUAUUCAUCUACCGACGUUAACGUGUACACAGAUUGGACACACAUUUGAUGAAAUCGACGAGUUCAAUGAAAAUGGGAGAUAUCGGCAAGAAGUGUAUUUAUAUGAUCAAAAAAUAUUCGUAUUUGGUGGCGGCGGUGGUUCGGGCAUAUCGUACUCACUUGAAAACUUACCGGUAUUUGACAUUGAUAAUCGAAGAUGGUCAUUUGUUCAUACUAAUCCCGAUCCAAUUCAUAAUUUUCCCCAAGGAAGAAAAUUUCAUUCAAUAUUUCCUUUCGGUAACAAUCAAGUAAUCAUGUUUGGUGGUGCACAUUUUGAUACAGUAACUAGUGCUCAUCAUACUGUUAGCGAACAUUUAUGGACGUUUGAUUUUGAAAAAUUAGAAUGGUCUAUGUUACAAUCCUUGAACAUGGUUCAAUCAACUUACUUUCAUGCUGCUGCUAUGAAUUCGCGCGGCGAAAUAUGGACACAUGGAGGUGUUAUACAAGAUUCAGCGGCAAUUCCUCAUGAAACAAGAAUAACAAACUUAUAUAAAAUGCAUACUCGUGUACUUCAUCUAAGUGAAAUUGCUUGGAAUUAUUUUUUAAAUUGCCUUGCUGAUCGCAAAAGUCUUUUGCAACAGCCAGAAGUCUUGUCACGACUUAACAUUCCAAAACGAUUUGUCGGCCGCAUUCAUUAA